AUGAUCAGAACCAUUUUAUUGAGUGUUGUUGUUGGUGUGGCGCUGGUUCAGUCAAAAGAAAAAUACAUGAAACAUAUUCCUAAUAGCUUCAAUGUGAAAAAUCCUUGUGAUCAGUCCAAAUGGAUUGCUAUAGGACACACUGAUGCUACAGAAGGCAAAGAUGGAGAAAAUCCUUUUGGAGAGGACUUCAAACACGUUGGAGACAAACACUGGAACAAAGCUUUAUGUGAGAAAGAUUCAGAUGGUGAUGGCAAAUCAAAUGGUGCUGAAUUAGGUGACCCUUCUUGUAUCUGGUCUGAACAUGGUAGCCAUAAUCUACAAGCCGUUACAGGUCACCCAGGUAUUUGUGAACCAGUUGGAUCUCCAGCUUGUAGUCACCAGCAGUUUGAUUGUCAAAAUCUAUUUGGUUCUCACCACCAUCACGGUUAAAGAAAUUAAAAUCCCCAGGUGUUGGUUAAAGAUAAAUCAUUUCAACAGAUUUUUUCUUUGGGUUGAAAUUCUUUAAUAUUUAUAUUUUAUAAUUCAUAACAAUGAUUAGGAAAAAGUAAUCACCAGAGUAGCCCCGCCCAUCCCCCGUCAAUCAUCCAUUUUAAACUGAUAAUAAAAGAAUGGUUUCAAGCACCAAAGCAAUAUUGCCUUACUAUUUUGCAUAAUUCCUUGGACGCUGCCAUUACUAAGUACUAUUGCGUUAUAACUAUCUGCCAAUAUACCGCUGGUGUGUCUAACGGCGUGUUUCAUCUUUAUGCAGUAUUUUCACCAUAUCCCUUACAAAUACUGAAAAAGAGAAUGUUUUGCAGUCAUGAUUAAUGUCAAUCGGUCCUGUAAUCCAUACAAAUUCUAAACAUUUGUCCUACCACCAUUCACUCUAAGAAGGGGUACUGGUAGUGUAUUUGUUUUAUAAUAAACUAUUUUUUAGUAAGAUUUUGUUUUCUUUUAAAAAUUAUGAGGUUUUGAAAUAUAUUGUGUAUAUUUCCUGUCUAAGGCAGUGUAUUAAAGUUUUUUUUAUUUAACUUUU